UAUUGUAUGCAUUCUAAUCUAAUUCUUAUCUUCUAUACACUACACGUGGCAGCUCUUUGAUACUUGUUUGAAUAUUUAUCCAUCAAUACAUAAAAAGACAUUUGUUGAUUGUUCAUAUUAUAAAAUAAACAAUAAUUGACGGUCAAAAAUGGAAACAGAACUAAAAGAACUAGCUAUUUCUCUUUUUGAAAUAAAUGCAGUGAAAUUCGGUUAUUUUGUUACGAAAGUUGGGUUAAAAACUCCGGUUUACAUUGAUUUAAGAGUUAUCAUAGCAUAUCCAAAGAUUUUUAGCCGGCUUUCAAAUACUCUUUGGAAACUAAGUGAUAAUAAUCAAAAAAUUGAUCAAUUAUGUGGUGUUCCAUACACUGCACUUCCAAUAGCAAGCUUAAUAUCUGUAGAAUCAAACAUUCCAAUGGUAAUAAGGAGAAAAGAAGCAAAAAGUUAUGGUACGAAAAAAAUGAUUGAAGGUGAAUACAAAAAAGGAGAUAAUUGUGUUAUUAUCGAAGAUGUUAUUACCAGUGGAAGUAGUAUUUUAGAAACUGUAAAAGACUUAACUCAAGAAGGUUUAAACGUUACUGAAGCAUUAGUAAUUAUGGACCGAGAACAAGGUGGUAAAAAAAAUAUAGAAAAUGCUGGUAUUAAGGUGAAAAGUUUAUAUACUCUUACCAAGUUGAUGAAUUAUCUUUUUGAAGCUGAUAAAAUUACUUUAGAAACGAUUGAAAAUGUUACUCAAUACAUAAAAGAAUGUUCAGCACCAUUGAUAACAUUGAAUAAAGAAUCAUCACAUGAUCGUUUGAAAAUGAAUUAUGCAUCAAGAUCCAAAUUUACUAUGAAUCAGCUGGCUGCCAAUCUUUUCGAGCUCAUGGAAAAAAAAGAAACAAAUCUCUGUUUAGCAGCUGACAUGACAAAAACCAAUGAUAUCAUAGAAUUAGCUGAACUUGCUGGACCUCACAUUGUUAUUUUAAAAAUCCACGUAGACAUAAUUGAUGAUUUUUAUAAAGAGUUUCCAUGUACUUUAAAAGAAUUAGCAUUAAAACAUGAAUUUUUGAUCAUGGAAGACAGAAAGUUUGGAGAUAUUGGUAACACAGUAGCUCUGCAGUAUUCCAAAGGAUUGUAUAAAAUUUCUGAGUGGGCGGAUUUGGUAACCGUUCAUCCAGUAUCUGGUCCAGGAGUUUUAGAUGGUGUCAGAGAAGCUUUAAAAAGUACUUCCAAAGAUCGAGGAAUAUUUUUAAUCACAGAAAUGUCAUCAAAAGGUGCUUUAACUACUGGAAAUUAUAUCAAAGAGUCUUUAUCGUUAUCAGCACAGUCAGAUUUAGUAGUAGGGCAUGUAUGUCAAUCAAAUAUUUUCAAUGAUCUAGGUUUAAUUCAAUUAACACCUGGAGUUAAACUUGAAACAUCUACCGAUAAUUUGGGACAACAGUACAAUACUCCAGAAUCAGUUGUAAAUAAUGGAGCAGAUAUAGUAGUGGUAGGUCGUGGUAUUACAGAAGCACCUGACCAAUUGAAGGCAAUUUUAGAGUACAAAACACAACUUUGGACUGCUUAUAAGAAAAGAAUUGCAUAAACAAGUGAAAAUAUGACGAAAUUUUUACUAAAAAAUAUGUUUUAAACCGACAUCAAUAACGUAUUAAACAAAAAAUUAUAUUUUUAUAAUACAAAAUAAUUAUUUAUUACGACUUAUGAAGUAAUAGAUAUAAAAUAUAAUUCUAAUUUGUCUGUGACUAUAAAAUUACAUUAUUAUUCUAUAAUUAUUAUUUAUCACAAUACACCGGCACUCAUGAAACAUAAUUAAAAUAUAAGCAGUGAAAUCACACUAUUAGUUUCUUUAAUAUACACUUAACUUUUUUACAUAAUAAUGUUAUUAUAUUGAGGUAUUUUUGCUCUAAGAUGUUUUAAGCUUCCUGACUUUUUGUAAGUUCCUCCACUAAUUUUCGGAAUACCUGAGCUACCUGACUUUCAGGUAAAGUCACCAAUAUACUUUGACCUUUAUCUGCUAAUUUUCCAAUUGCUGGGUCAAUUGGUAUUUUAGCUAAAAAUGGUACUUUUACCAUUUCUGAUAAUGCAACACCUCCACCCGAUGAGAAAAUAUUGGUACACUCCUAAAUAAUUUUUUUAUAUUUAUAAAUAUUUUGUAUUCAUUUUUAUAAUAAAAGUAUUUUAAAUAA